AUGGCUCUCGAGCCUGAGAUCCAAUACAUGGUAGUGGAGGUAUUGGUGACGGAAUUCGAGCGUCUGCGCAACAAAAUGUGGUCGCGAGAUCAGAAGGAGGAGAGAUAUUGUGUUCUGUCUACACUCUUGUCAUUAAGGAUGACAUGCAAGAGUUUUGCAAGCGCCAAAAUCAUCAAGACUGCUGUGUUCAAGGAGAUCACACUACAGGCAACGACUCUCAACUUCAACCUCUUGAGACAAACCAGAAUCUCGUGCAUUGCGCCUUUUGUGAAAAAGAUCAACUUCCUGCCGAGUCCAUUCACCAUCAGUCUCGGACUGACUGCUUUUACUCGAGUCAUUCGAACUCUGUCGCAACAUGUAUACGAAAUGCCUCGUCGAAGUCAAAGGCAUAUUGCACAACACUGGGGUGACAUUCCAAGGACGGAAGAUCGGAUUGGGAUUGUGUUCAAAGCUUAUCGUCAACAAGCCUACAUAGAUCAAGACCUUGUGAUGAGCGGGGAGCUGCAAUGUCUCUGGACCGCAACGCUUCGGAAAUUGGAGCAUGUGAACGAUUUCGAACUGUUUUCGCUCUUCGGCAGACACCCUCUCGAUUCAAGUGACGACUUAGAGUCAGGAACGGUACAUUGUCAGUCUUGCUACAACGUCAAAUGCACCCUGUACGAUCGUGCAGGAACGUGUGAAGAUCAAAUGUUCAGAACAACUAUACAGUGUCUUGCGGCUUCCAAAGUACAGAUCAAGACCCUCUCACUCCACAGAGCACUGGCAAAGCACUUCCGUGGUUGGCAAUAUCCUUCAUGGGACAAACUGGAUCUCACGAAACUCGAAAUCUUUAAGUUUCCAGACUUGAACAUCGUGGAAGAAAAUGACGACGACGACGACUUUGUGGAACUUGAUGAAGUUGCGGAAAUCGGCUUGAACGAGUGCCUCCGAAAAGUUAUGUCUAGCUUGAAGGAACUGAGCAUCGACCACUACGUGGAGGUUCCUCGGCUUUUGUGGCCUCGCAGCGCAGGCCUCCACUUUCCACGCCUGCGCUCCCUCAAGCUCGGGGGUGUUGUGCUCACGAUCCCAUGGUUUGCGGAGCUUGUCAGCCGCUGUGUCGCAUUGGAAGAGAUCUCGCUGAGAGACUGCCACCCUCAGGAUCUUGAUGGACGGCGACUGCAGGAGUCGGGCCAUGAGGCAUGGGAAACGCUGUUCGAUGCUAUGUGUCGACAUCCGAAUUUGAAACGUUUCGCGAUCCUCGAUGAGUGGGAUGCUAAUUCUCAUCUCAAUGAGGGUGUGGUUGGCGCCGCAUGCAAUCCUAAUACCGUGGGGCUCGAUAUGCGUCACACCUUACUCUGGACUGGCAUGGAGCGCCUUGGGAACCCAGCAAAUCGGGGGCUGUGGGACGAUGCUCUGCAUUUAUUCAACCUUCGACGGCAGAACUGA